UUGCUGUCGCCAUGACGGCGGCCGUGUUUUUCGGCUGCUCCUUCAUUGCCUUUGGGCCUGCGCUCGCCCUCUACGUCUUCACCAUCGCCACCGACCCUUUACGCGUCAUUUUCCUCAUCGCCGGAGCCUUCUUCUGGCUGGUGUCGCUGUUGCUUUCGUCCCUGAUUUGGUUCAUGGCCAGACUGAUCAGUGACAGCAGAGAUGGACCAAAGCAGACAUACCUGCUCAUCUUCGGAGUGUUGCUUUCGGUCCUCAUCCAGGAGGUGUUCCGGUUUGCCUAUUACAGGCUUAUAAAGAAAGCCAGUGAAGGUUUGAAGAAUAUAAACCCAGAUGACAAAGUGCCUUCUAUGCGAUUGUUGGCCUAUGUUUCUGGUUUAGGCUUUGGAAUCAUGAGUGGAGUAUUUUCCUUUGUGAAUACCUUGUCUGACUCCUUGGGGCCAGGCACGGUGGGCAUUCAUGGAGACUCUCCUCAGUUCUUCCUCAAUUCAGCUUUCAUGACGCUGGUCAUCGUGCUGCUGCAUGUGUUCUGGGGCAUUGUAUUUUUUGAUGGAUGUGAGAAGAAAAAGUGGUACGUCAUUCUGAUCAUUUUCCUGACUCAUCUGCUGGUGUCAGCUCAGACUUUCCUAAGUCCUCAUUAUGGAAUAAAUCUGCUGUCAGCAUAUAUAAUAUUGGUGCUUAUGGGCGUCUGGGCCUUUUUUGUUGCUGGAGGCAGCUGCCGAAGCCUGAAACUUUGCCUGCUGUGCCAAGACAAGGAUUUCCUUCUUUACAACCAGCGCUCCAGAUAACUGCCACAAGCUUAUGUCUCCUGAGCAGCAGGCUGGAUCCUUAGAGGAAGCACGAUGGUGCCUUUUCCUGAAAAAUCCCAUUUUCUGAUGAAGUUUAGAAGAAACUGUCUAGAUACUCUCAAGCGACUGCUCUCUGAAAGGAAUGCAUCAGUGGCAUACAACUUGGCGGCAUGUCCGAGUCACUUGUGGAGAUGAGGAAUGCUGAUUCUGGGCUUCCUCCCCCUUCCUUCUGAGCCCC